AUGAACGUACCCAACACAGAGAAACAGAUCAAAAUCCUUGUCACCGGAGGCACUGGGCUUGUGGGUAGUGCUAUUCAAUGGGCUAUACGCAAUGUUUCAGGUACUUUUGGGAAGGAACAAAAUGAGGAGUGGGUGUUUCUCAGCAGCGCAGAUGCUGAUCUAAGGAACUAUGACGAGACGAAAUCAAUUUUUGACAAAUAUAAGCCAGACAAUGUCAUACAUCUUUCCGCCCGCGUGGGUGGUGUUUUUGAAAAUACAUCACGAAUGGCUGAUUUUGUGCGCGAUAACCUGUAUAUUGACCAGAAUGUGUUGCGUGUUUGCCAAGAGUUGGGUGUUGAAAAGGUUGUUUCUUGUCUCUCAACCUGCAUCUUUCCUGACCGAACAACUUAUCCGAUUAGUGAAAGGAUGUUGCAUGAUGGACCCCCGCAUCCAUCAAACUAUGGAUAUGCCUACGCAAAACGAAUGCUGGACAUCUCCAGUCGAGCGUAUCGGCAACAGUACGGCUGCAAUUUUACAUGUGUUAUUCCUACGAACCUCUACGGACCCAAUGACAACUUCAAUGAAGGCUGCCACUUCAUUCCCGGGCUCAUUAAACGAGUGGCUCAGGCCAAGCAGAGCAAGGCCUCUGUGAUGGUGGUCCCAGGAAGUGGACGAGCUCUGCGCCAAUUUCUUUACUCCCGAGACCUUGCCCGAGUUUUGAUAUGGACACUUCGGAAUUACGACGAAGCAGAACCCUUCAUUAUUUCCGUGGAUCCCGAUCAGGAGGUGUCGAUCAAAGAUGCCGUGACAAUGGUAUCGGAGUCCAGCGGAUUCGAAGGCGUUAUACAGUGGGAUACAAGCGCAACAGAUGGUCAGCUGAGAAAAACGGUAGACAAUGCUAGAAUGCGAGCUCUUCUUGGAAACUUCGAGUUCACAACCCUGGAGCAAGGAUUGAGAGAGACUCUGGCCUGGUACAGUGCGAACCAAGGACACAUCCGUGGCAUGGACGUUCGAAAAGAUAACCAAACGCCAAGAGGGUUACUAUAA